AUGCCUAAAAAGUUCUACGCGGUCAGAGCUGGGCACAAACCAGGUAUUUACGACUAUGCGGACGCUCAAAAACAAGUCCGAGGGUACAGUCGUUCUGACUGGAAGGGAUUCAAUGUGCUUCAGGAUGCUACCGACUACCUCCAUGCGACCAAAUCAGAAUCCGAAACACAAUCCAAGCAUCAGAAGCAACUAAAGACUCAACCCAAGGUGAAAGAACAGACCAAGGUGAAGGAACAGACCAAGGUGAAGGAACAGACCAAGGUACAGACCAAAGCUCAAAACCAAUCCAAGAGUCGGCCAGAGGCCAAGUCCCAGCCAGAGGCCAAGACUAAGACACAGUCCAAGACUCGAGAUCAGUCUCAAACUCAGUCAAAGCUCAAGUUUCAGGAUCAGCCCAAAACUCGAGAUCAGUCCAAAAGUAAAGAUCGGUCCAAGACUGCGGUCCAAUCUCAAGUCAAUCAUAAGACGCAAUCUGGUGUCCAGCCUGAAACUAAAACCGGAGCAAAAGCCAAGACCAAGGCAAAAGGAAAACCCGAGGCUGAAACCGACAUUGAGACAGCGACUAACGAGCUGCUUUCGGCUCAGGCUGAUGUCAAAUCUCUGACCAAGGCCCUCCUUGAAGCACAGGAUAGGGUCAAGUCUCACAAGCAAGCUCUACAACUGGCUCGAGACAAUAUUAAAGGAGGGGACAGCGCCGAACCUAAGCAAUCGUUCUACAUAGUGGAUUGUUUCAUUUUCGACACCCGAGAGGCAGCCGUGAUGUACUACGGUGGGUCCAAGGGUGUGGUGAAAGCUGCGUCUUGGGAUGAAGCUACCGAGAAAGUGCGAAAAGCCGGUUAUGAUCAAAACCACAAGGCGUUUAGCGAGGACAUUUCCUACGUGAACAAACAAGGGAACACAGUCUACCAGGUGUUUGUCGAUGGAGCGUGUUCCAACAAUGGUGGUCCAGAUGCAAAGGCUGGGUAUGGUCUGUAUUUCGGAGAAAACAACCCAUGGAAUGUUGCUGCCUCGGUUAUGGGAACGGUUCAUACUAGCCAACGGGCUGAGCUGCAGGCCAUAAUGAAGGCAUAUCAAGUGAUUGAGAAAAAAGACAAUGGUCACUCUUACGAGAUCAUGUCUGACUCCUCGUAUGCCAUCAAUUGUCUCACCAAGUGGCGACAUGACUGGAAGAAGCACGGAUGGAAAACCAGUGAGGGCAAGCCUGUGGAGAACGUGGAUUUGAUCCAGGAUUGUAUAAAAAUCAUGGACAGGCUUGUCAAGCGUGGAAUUGCGCUGAAGAAGGUCCAGGCUCAUGGUGAUAGUAAGGGAAACAAGCGGGCUGAUGUUCUUGCACGACAAGGAGUCCAGGUCGCACGUGGACACGUUGGUGGAAACGAUGCAAGCAAGAGUUGGUCUGUGCUGGGACUUUCUCCAGUCUCGAAAUGA